AAAGGGCAAAACACACACACAAAACCCACACCUUCAUACACCCACACAACACCAACAGAGAGAGGGAGGGGUGAGAGACGCGUUCGGUUCAUAUAGUUUCAAUUGUUUUUCAGAGAAACGAAAGGAUCGAAGCAAAAGAGAUGAGGGAGAUUAUAAGCAUACAUAUUGGGCAGGCUGGAAUUCAGGUGGGGAAUUCAUGUUGGGAACUCUAUUGUCUUGAGCAUGGAAUUCAACCCGAUGGGCAGAUGCCCAGUGAUGCCUCAGUGGGUGUUGGCCGCGACGCUUUCAAUACCUUCUUCAGUGAGACUGGAUCAGGCAAGCACGUCCCUAGGGCCAUAUUUGUCGAUUUGGAACCAACUGUUAUUGAUGAAGUAAGGACUGGGACUUACCGCCAACUCUUCCACCCCGAGCAGCUCAUUUCUGGGAAAGAAGAUGCUGCUAAUAAUUUUGCAAGAGGACACUAUACAGUCGGAAAGGAAAUUGUAGAUCUCUGCCUUGAUCGAGUAAGGAAAUUGGCCGAUAAUUGCACUGGUUUACAAGGAUUUUUGGUGUUCAAUGCUGUUGGUGGUGGUACUGGUUCUGGUUUGGGGUCCUUGCUGUUAGAACGGUUGUCUGUAGAUUAUGGAAAGAAGUCAAAGCUUGGAUUCACCAUCUAUCCUUCUCCGCAGGUUUCAACAGCAGUUGUCGAGCCUUACAAUAGUGUUCUCUCUACUCAUUCCCUCCUUGAACACACAGAUGUAUCUGUGCUCUUGGACAAUGAAGCUAUCUAUGACAUUUGCAGGAGAUCUCUAGACAUCGAGAGACCAACAUACACCAAUCUGAACAGAUUGAUAUCGCAAGUCAUAUCAUCUUUGACAACAUCAUUGAGAUUUGAUGGAGCCAUUAAUGUUGAUGUCACAGAGUUCCAGACUAACCUUGUACCAUAUCCCCGCAUUCAUUUCAUGCUUUCCUCAUAUGCUCCUGUUAUCUCAGCUGAAAAGGCAUAUCACGAGCAGAUCUCUAUCCCUGAGAUCACAAAUGCAGUUUUUGAGCCCUCAAGCAUGAUGGCCAAGUGUGAUCCCAGGCAUGGAAAAUACAUGGCCUGCUGCUUAAUGUACAGGGGAGAUGUUGUCCCCAAGGAUGUUAAUGCCGCUGUUGCUACUAUCAAAACAAAAAGGACUGUACAGUUUGUUGACUGGUGCCCAACAGGCUUCAAAUGUGGCAUUAACUAUCAGCCUCCGACAGUUGUACCGGGGGGUGAUCUUGCCAAGGUGCAGCGAGCAGUGUGCAUGAUCAGCAACAACACAGCAGUGGCUGAGGUGUUCUCACGCAUUGACCACAAAUUUGAUCUCAUGUAUUCGAAGAGGGCAUUCGUUCACUGGUAUGUUGGUGAAGGCAUGGAAGAAGGAGAGUUUUCUGAAGCUCGUGAAGAUCUGGCUGCUCUAGAGAAAGAUUACGAGGAGGUUGGUGCUGAAGGUGUAGAUGAUGAAGAGGGGGGAAGUGAAGAUUACUGAUGUUGUAGUUAUGCAAGACAAAGAGCCGUUCAUCCAUCUUCAACUAUCUCUCUUCCUUUUGCUGUGUAGUACAAAAGUAUACAUCUUCAUGUUGUGAAGUUGUCACAAUUGUCAUUAUGUUCUGCUUAUGUGUUUAGUUUUUGGUAUCAAUGAAGUGACAUUUUAAAAAAUCUGAAUGGUUUAUGGUUCUAUUUCGCAAAUAUCACGUUUCCUUAUUGUCA